UUUUGUUUUGGGUUAGUGAAUGUGUGUACAAGACAGCUUUUUGAAAAUCAGAGUGUUCGUUCUCUCUUCCUGGGUGCUUCUGAUUUUGAUAGGCAUUCUCCUAAUGCUUGUUCUCUCCGCAGCUCCGCUUGUGGGUUUGUUGUUGAUUCAAUAAAGGAGAGAGCUUGCUAUUCAGCUCGGCAAUUCUACAGUGUACGUCGAAUGAUUUUCAAGGAAGAAGGCUCAGGUUCUAUCUCCAGAUAGGCCUUCGUUGCUGUCGCACACCACCUAGAUGGUGAAAUGCCCUUCUUUGCAAAGCUUAAUCUCUAUACUUGCUUAACUCCAUUCCGACUCUCUCAAUCGUGUAUUUUCCUUCACGAGCUCAUUGUAUCUGAUCAUGGGUAUUUCUCUUUUGUUCAAUAAAAUCUCUGUUGCUUCAACGAGCACAACCAACAUUCAAUCGGCACAAUCCCUCCUCAAGGCAAUUCAGGGCCUGCCUGUAUUGGAAUUAUCAUCAAUUUGCAUAAAUUUGACGCUUUUUCUUGUUUCUCUCUUUGUCAUUUCUGCAAGACGGUUGUUUUUGUGUGUUGGUCGAAUUAGAACCCUCAAGGAAGAUCCUGUUGUGAACUUGAGCCCAGUACGCCGCAGCAUUAGUGUUGAUGGUGAAAUUCGUGAAGUUAAAAUUGGAACAGAUUUCAAAUUGUUGGUCUUUUGUUGUUUCUACGUGUUGUUUGUGCAAUUCUUGGUGUUAGGAUUUGAUGGAGUUGGUUUGAUUAGAGAGGCUGAUGAUGGGAAAGUUGUGGACUGGUCAGUUAUCUGCUUGCCUGCUGCACAGGGUUUAGCUUGGUUUGUGUUGAGCUUUUCUGCUCUUCACUGUAAGUUCAAGUUGUCCGAGAAAUUCCCAUUUUUGUUAAGGGUAUGGUGGUUUGUGUCAUUUGUGAUUUGUUUGUCUACUUUGUAUGUUGAUGGGAGAGGACUUUUCAUAGAAGGCUCAAAACAUUUGUGUUCUCACGCUGUGGCCAAUUUCGCCACAACCCCAGCUCUCGCUUUCCUCUGUUUCAUUGCUGUUAGGCGUACCACUGGCAUACAAGUUUGCAGGAACUCUGACCUUCAAGAGCCAUUGCUCCUUGAAGAAGAGGCAGGGUGUCUUAGGGUCUCUCCCUAUAGUGGUGCUGGGCUCUUUAGCUUGGCCACACUUUCAUGGUUGAAUCCAUUGCUCUCAAUUGGUGCAAAGAAACCUCUCGAGCUCAAGGACAUUCCUCUUCUUGCACCAAAAGAUCGAUCCAAGACCAAUUACAAGAUUUUGAAGUCAAAUUGGGAGAGAUUGAAAGCAGAGAAUGCUUCAAAGCAGCCUUCUUUAGCUUCGGCCAUUCUGAAAUCAUUCUGGAAAGAGGCAGCUUGUAAUGCCAUUUUUGCCGGGUUGAAUACCCUUGUUUCAUAUGUGGGACCAUACAUGAUCAGUUACUUUGUUGAUUAUCUUGGAGGGAAGGAGACCUUCCCUCACGAGGGAUACAUUCUUGCUGGAAUAUUCUUCUCAGCUAAGCUUGUGGAGACCUUAACAACCAGGCAAUGGUAUCUAGGGGUUGACAUUUUGGGUAUGCAUGUGAGGUCUGCACUUACAGCAAUGGUCUACAGGAAGGGACUUAGGCUCUCAAGCCAGGCCAGACAGAGUCACACCAGUGGAGAGAUUGUUAACUAUAUGGCAGUAGAUGUGCAGAGAGUAGGGGACUAUUCUUGGUAUCUCCAUGACAUUUGGGUACUGCCUCUUCAAAUUGUUCUUGCCCUUGCUAUUUUGUAUAUGAAUGUCGGAAUUGCUUCUGUUGCUACAUUGAUCGCCACUAUCAUCUCCAUUUUUGUCACUGUCCCUGUGGCAAAAAUACAAGAAAAUUAUCAAGACAAGCUGAUGGCUGCGAAGGAUGAAAGGAUGAGGAAAACGUCUGAAUGCUUGAGGAACAUGAGAAUUCUCAAGUUGCAAGCUUGGGAAGAUAGAUAUAGACUGAAAUUGGAGGAGAUACGGGAUGUGGAGUUUAAGUGGCUUAGGAAAGCCCUUUAUUCACAAGCAUUUAUUACAUUUAUUUUCUGGAGCUCCCCCAUAUUUGUUUCAGCUGCCACUUUUGCCACGUCUAUAUUAUUGGGUGGUCAGCUAACAGCAGGAGGUGUUCUUUCUGCUUUGGCCACUUUUAGGAUUCUCCAAGAACCACUCAGGAAUUUCCCUGACCUGGUGUCAAUGAUGGCUCAGACAAAAGUUUCUCUUGAUCGAAUUUCUGGAUUCCUGCGGGAGGAAGAAUUACAGGAAGAUGCGACAAUUGUUCUGCCACGGGGUAUGACAAACUUAGCCAUAGAAAUCAAAGAUGGUGAAUUUUGCUGGGACCUUUCUUCCCCGAGGCCCACAUUGUCAGGAAUACAAAUGAGAGUGGAGCAGGGGAUGCGUGUAGCUGUUUGUGGCGUGGUUGGCUCUGGAAAAUCAAGUUUUCUGUCUUGCAUUCUUGGAGAGAUCCCUAAAAUUUGUGGUGAAGUUAGGGUUUGCAGCACUGCUGCAUAUGUCUCCCAAUCAGCAUGGAUACAGUCAGGAAAUAUUCAAGAAAAUAUUCUUUUUGGCAGUCCAAUGGAUAAAGCAAAGUACAAAAAUGUUAUCCAUGCAUGCUCCCUGAAAAAGGAUUUGGGACUUUUUGCACAUGGCGAUCAGACCAUUAUUGGUGAUAGGGGUAUAAAUUUGAGUGGUGGCCAGAAGCAACGGGUGCAACUUGCAAGGGCACUUUAUCAAGAUGCAGACAUUUAUUUGCUGGAUGAUCCAUUCAGUGCUGUUGAUGCUCACACAGGCUCAGAGUUGUUCAAGGAAUACAUAUUGACAGCACUAGCGAGUAAGACUGUAAUUUUUGUCACGCAUCAAGUUGAAUUUCUACCUGUGGCCGAUCUUAUACUGGUUCUUAAAGAAGGUCGCAUCAUACAGGCUGGGAAGUAUGAUGAACUACUUCAAGCAGGAACUGAUUUUAACACUUUGGUUGCUGCUCACCAUGAAGCAGUUGAAGCUAUGGAUAUUCCAAAUCAGUCACCUGGUUCAGAUGAAAGUACGUCACUAGAUGGCUCUGUUAUAAAAUGUGAUGCAGCUGGAAAUAAUAUUGACAGCUUGGCUAAGGAAGUGCGAGUGAGUGCAUCAGUUUCAGAUCAGAAAGCCAUUAAGGAGAAAAAGAAAGCAAAGCGCUCAAAGAAAAAACAAUUUGUUCAGGAAGAGGAAAGAGUGAGAGGAAGAGUCAGCAUGAAGGUUUAUUUGUCAUACAUGGCUGCAGCAUAUAAAGGGUUGUUGAUUCCCCUUAUAAUCCUUGCACAAGGAUUAUUUCAGCUUCUUCAAAUAGCGAGUAGUUGGUGGAUGGCUUGGGCUAAUCCCCAGACAGCAGGAGACCAACCUAAAGUCAGUCCUAUGGUCCUUCUUGUUGUUUAUAUGGCCCUCGCAUUUGGAAGCUCCUGGUUUAUAUUUGUGAGAGCCUUACUGGUGGCCACAUUUGGUCUAGCAGCUGCCCAGAAAUUGUUCCUGAAGAUGCUUAGAAGUGUGUUUCGAGCACCAAUGUCUUUCUUUGACACUACACCUGCUGGACGGAUCUUGAAUCGUGUGUCUAUUGAUCAAACGAUGGUGGAUCUUGAUAUUCCUUUUAGACUUGGUGGCUUUGCUUCAACAACCAUACAGCUUCUUGGAAUUGUUGGUGUAAUGACACAAGUAACAUGGCAAGUGUUACUUCUUGUUCUUCCAAUGACUGUGGCUUGCUUGUGGAUGCAGAAAUACUAUAUGGCUUCAUCAAGGGAACUGGUUCGCAUUGUGAGCAUCCAGAAAUCUCCAGUUAUUAAUCUCUUUGGUGAGUCCAUUGCUGGAGCAGCCACAAUAAGAGGCUUUGGCCAAGAAAAAAGGUUCAUGAAGCAGAACCUGUAUCUUCUUGAUUGUUUUGCUCGCCCUUUCUUCUGCAGUCUUGCAGCUAUUGAAUGGCUUUGCCUACGCAUGGAAUUGCUUUCGACUUUUGUAUUUGCUUUUUGCAUGAUUCUUCUGGUGAGCUUUCCACAUGGAAGUAUCGAUCCAAGCAUGGCAGGCCUUGCUGUAACAUAUGGACUUAAUUUAAAUGCUCGUCUGUCACGGUGGAUACUAAGCUUUUGUAAGCUUGAAAAUAAGAUUAUUUCCAUUGAAAGGAUUUACCAGUACAGCCAAAUUCCCAGUGAAGCCCCUCCAACUAUUGAUGAUUCUCGCCCUCCAUCCUCAUGGCCAGAGAAUGGAACAAUUGAUAUAAUUGAUUUGAAGGUUCGUUACAAUGAAAAUCUACCUCUGGUUCUUCAUGGUGUCUCCUGUUCAUUUCCUGGUGGAAAGAAGAUUGGAAUUGUUGGGCGAACUGGAAGUGGUAAAUCUACAUUGAUCCAGGCAUUGUUCCGAUUGAUUGAACCAUCUAGUGGGAGGAUCAUCAUAGACAGCAUAGAUAUUUCAGCAAUUGGCCUUCAUGACCUUCGUAGCCGUCUGGGUAUCAUACCUCAGGAUCCUACCUUAUUUGAGGGGACCAUUAGGGGCAAUCUUGAUCCCCUUGAAGAACAUUCAGAUCAGGAAAUAUGGCAGGCACUGGACAAGUCACAACUUGGAGAUAUAGUCUGUGAGAAAGAGCAAAAGCUUGAUACACCGGUGCUAGAAAAUGGAGAGAAUUGGAGUGUGGGGCAACGACAGCUUGUUGCUCUUGGCCGUGCUUUGCUUAAACAGGCUAGAAUACUUAUGCUUGAUGAGGCAACGGCAUCAGUUGAUACAGCCACAGAUAAUCUCAUUCAGAAGAUAAUUCGAACAGAAUUUAAGAAUUGCACAGUGUGCACCAUUGCACAUCGUAUCCCUACUGUCAUAGACAGUGAUCUGGUUCUGGUUCUCAGUGAUGGCCGCGUUGCAGAAUUUGAUACUCCAGCGCGAUUGUUAGAUGAUAAAUCAUCCCUCUUUCUAAAGUUGGUGACAGAGUAUUCGUCAAGGUCAAGUGGCAUCCCAGAAUUUUGAAAAGGUACUGGCAUGCCCAAAAACCUUGAAGUCCAAGGCACAUGAAGGGCAGAUGGGUAUUUGAAAAGUGAAGUGGCUAAUGCUGCUCCACAGGCUGCUGUUGCAUUCGGCAAAUGGAAGGGUAAGGGAGGAAGGUGGUAGUUAAAAGAAAUUCCCAGAGGAGGGAACUAAUUUCUAUUUCAGGGAAAUUACCAGUCAAUUGAAUUCAUCCCCUUAAACUGUUUAUGGGAAUUUAUGCAUGGUUGGUAUGCUCUGUGACAGAAAAUGAGGCGGGAGGUUAGAGUUUGGGAAUAAUCACAUGAAAGGAAAAAAUCGAGCGGCUUAUACUUGUUCAAUGAUGUGAAACAAAAUGGGUUUAGAUCUUAACAGGCUGUUGUUAAUUUAGUUAGGAAAUUUGUAGAGCUGGACUACUCAUUGUGAAUUCCUUCCACUUCUUUUAGUUGUGAGAAUACAGCUUAAACUUAUGCCACAAGUUGUCGUUGCGACAAAGAGAUCUGAAACCUUACUGGGUUGUUUUUCUUUGUCUUGAUUGUGAAUUUAGGAUGCAAUGGUGGUGGCACCCUUGGAACACCAGUAAGUCAGUAACUGGUUUCAUUCCAUGCAAGUCUCAGCAGUGUUGGGAUUUACUUUAUGAAAGUAAAUUUUAUCAUUGUUUGAAUUGGUUUGAGUACUGUGAACCAUGAAGGAUCCUUCCUUUUGUUUUGCAAACUUGUAAUUCAUUACUAAAGAAGGUUCCUACUCAAAAUAUUAUCUACAUUAUAUAGAUUAUGGA